UAAACAAGUGACCCCCAUAUCACCAUCCAAAAAGUUUCUAAAUUGAGGCAUCCAAAUAGUCCCACGCAUCUCUUCUCUAUACCACACUACUUAUCUCUUCUAUCUUCUCAUCCACCACAAGUCUUUUCUCAUCAACUCCAACCACAUUCAUUCAUUCAUUCAUUUAUUUAUUAUAUUUCUAAUUAUUAUUUUCUAGUAAACGUAUUUACAAAAUAUAUUGUCCACUUAUAAAAAUACCAACCUCUAUCAUAUUAAUCCCCUUGGGCACCCUGCAAGUCUACAUACUACCUUAAUGUCCAAUGUCAAUCUUACCUCAACAAAAGAACCUCUUUAAGUCUCCUUACCAACAUGCUAACAAAAACUACCAAAUUAUCCACAUCAUUCGAACUCAGGUUCGUUGCACCGCCACCCCGGUAAAACCAAACCUUGGUCCGACCCGUUUAGUAGUCAAACCAAGUUCUACUCCUCCUACACCGGCUCAAGUUCCCAUAACCCCUAAAGGACCUAGGCCGGAUGAUCCGGCCUUAAAAUCCACAUGGGGCCAUAGAGCCUGGUUGGCUAGUGGGUGCACAACUUUGCUAGUUUCUCUAGCCAAGUGUGUAGCUGCUUCAACAGAUUCCCAUAUCUGGGCCAAGCCUAUUUUAUCUGGCUUAGUCGGGUACAUUUUGGCAGAUCUAGGGUCCGGAGUCUACCAUUGGGGCAUAGACAACUAUGGGGAUGCAACAACCCCGUUAUUUGGAGGCCAAAUAGAUGCCUUCCAAGGGCACCACAAAUGGCCAUGGACCAUCACAAAGCGCCAAUUUGCUAACAACCUCCAUGCAUUAGCCCGAAUAAUAACCUUCACGGUUUUACCCAUUAACCUAGUCCUCAACGACCCGAUCCUACUCGCAUUUGUCGGAUCCUUCUCGGGUUGCAUCAUGUUUAGCCAACAAUUCCAUGCAUGGUCACACUCAACAAAGAGCAAGCUACCACCAAUUGUAGUAACGUUACAAGAUUCGGGGGUACUAGUGUCGCGAUUAGAACAUGCUAAUCAUCAUCGUUCUCCUUACAAUAGUAACUAUUGCAUAGUAAGUGGAAUUUGGAACAAGUUUUUAGAUGAAAAUAAGAUUCUUGAAGCACUUGAAAUGGUUAUAUUUUUUCAAUUAGGAGUUAGGCCAAGGUCUUGGAGUGAACCUAGCUUGGAAUGGACUGAGGAGACUUCUAUACCUUCUUCCUUGCCUCAAUGAUGAAGUUUCUAUUAUAUUUUCUGUUCAUAUACUUUUUUUUAUUUAAACAUUUGUUCUCCAAUAUAUUUUAGUUUGUACAACAAUUCGUGAAGUAUCAUCUUCUCCAUUUUAUUGUAUACAAGAAAUUCUUAAUGGAAGAAAUUUUUUGCAUACGUUACGCAAAC